GUAAGGAAGAUUCCUCUCGACCGUGCCGUUUUGCCACAGUUUCGUGAAAAGUUCAAGGAAAAGGUCAUUUCGUACUGCAAGGACAUUAGAGCUAUAGUGUUCCGCUGCCAACUAUUUGCCAAUGCCUAUCUUGUUCAUAACAAGAAUGACAUUCCUUCAAAAGUCUUCACACAGCAAUUUUGGUAUUCCAUUGCGCAACUUAUUACGGGUAAAAAGGUUAAUCACAAGAAGGCGUUGAACGACAGCAUCAAAACUUAUUUUGAUGACUUUAAGCAAAAGCAUCCGACAAUAGUAAUUAGUCAUGGCUUCACCAAAGGCUAUAGUCAUUAUCUCAAAGAAGCUGCCAAGGAAAUAAGCGUUUCAUAUACUAACUCCAUUAUUGAGCUUUUCGAGAAGCGAAUGCUUAAAUAUCUAACCUAUAAGCUACAAAACAUGUUUGUUAACAUGAAGAAGGUCGAUGCGGCCAAAAUAUCAGAAGCAUACUGCUACCAAGUAAUUUGCAAAGGCGGACCCAAGUGGCUCGAUAAAAUCAUCCUUAAUAAUGAAGACAAAAGCAAGAUAGAGAUGUUGUGUAAAAGCUUUGAAAAACUUGUGACGGAGAAGGUUACACUGCUUUCCUUAUCGUCCGAUCCCACGAAGUUUAUCAAAGCCUUAUGGCACAUCCAAUCCUCGUAUGAAAAGGAACAUGACGAACAUGCAGCUUAUGAUGUCCGUAGAUUACCAUUACCCAAGCGCUUCUUCCCUUUCCCUUUACCUUCGCUCCAUUGGCGUUUCAUUACGAUAAGCAUCAAUUCGCUCGUCCCAUUCUUGUUUCCUGGUACGCCUCCUAAAGGCUAUUUGAAUCAACUCGAGAAGUUUCACCAAGUGUUCAGCUUCAAAACGAUGGGAACCAAAAGGUAA